GUGCUGCUCUUUACAUUUUUUAUUAAAAACUGGCAUCAAAUAUAUUCCAAAAAGUACUAAUUGUUUUUUUUUUUUGUGAAAAUGAAUCAUGUUUAAAGGUUAGAAAUGUGUCACUUCUACAGACGGAUGAAUUUGUGUAUCAUGUGCUAUUUGAGACACACACUGUCUGCAGCUUUAUCAAAUAUUAGUCAGAUAAGUGUGUGAAAUACUCGUAUAAACAGACUGCUGUGGUUGGGUAUUUAGAUAUUUAGUGUUUCCCAGUUGUGUUGUGAUUUGUGUUUGAAUGAAGGAUGUUGUUGAGGUCACAGUGAUGAGUGUGUGAACACAUCAGUGUUUAUUCCAGUUUCAUUGUAGCAGCAGCAAACCAAUAGAAAAGCACUGUUUGUAAUUGUGAGGAGGUUGUUUAGUGAUUUAAAGUGUGAGGGAUUCCCCCAUCAUGAGUUUAAAGCCCUUCACACUCGUUCUCCAGCAAACACACACACACACACAGAGAGAGAGAGAGAGAGAGAGACUGAGACGGACACUCAUCAUGAAGAACUGUGCAGUGUUCAGUGUAUUUGUGGCUCUUGCUCUGGCGUCUCCAGCUCCUCCGAACACACAGCGGUGUGAAUGCAGCUCUGCGGCCAGGUCUCUGCUCUCCAGACUCUCACACAUCAUGAUGAAGCAGGGGAAGAUGCAGCACAAGGAUCUGUUUGCUGGCUUUAACUGCACAGAUCUGGAGGCUCAGAUGAUUCCUCACACUCUCACAGCGUCUGUGUGUCAGCCCAGCUCCUCUGAUGAGGAAGCAUCCUGCUCCAGCCACAGGAGCUCGUCUUUCAGUGAGACGCAGUGUCUGAUGAACAUCCGAGCCGAUCUGCGCUAUUACGACAUGAUGCUGACCUCCUACAAGCCCAGCGAGACUGAUCUGAGUCCAGUGAAGACGGCCACCAAAGCCCUGAUGGAUUGUUUGGAUGAGAACUGUGAGGCCGCAGAUGGAGAGUUUCCUCAGUGGCACAUCUGGACCGGCUCGUCCUUCACUGACCGUCUGUCGCUGUGUAAAGCGCUGAAGGGCUUCCACAUCCGGGCCAUCACCCUGAACCGGGCGCUGGGGUACAUCGGCUCCGGAGAUCACAGGAAAUGACCCCAUUCAAUCCGGGGAGUCACACAUAAGCUGAAUAUUUAUGUUCAUCACUCAAUCUAUUUAUUUGUUUUAAAAGAUUAUUUAUUUCUGUGUAAAAAAUGUGAUACAUUAUUUAUUAACUAUUUAUUAAAAUAUCUGUGCGGC